AUGGUGGAACGCGGCGUCCUGAGCAUCAUGUGUCCGAACAAGUACAGCCGCCGCUCCUCCUCAUCCUCCGCCAGCUCCAUCCGGGAGAAGAAGAUUUUCGCCAAGCUAAAAGUGGGUUUGUCCGGGGACUACCCGCGGAAGAACGGCGAGUUCCUCAGCGGCCAGUACGGAACCAACCUGCUGCUGAUCGGGGUGGCGCUGAUGCUGGCCAUCACGCACCACGAGCCCUCCGUGGAGGAAGAGCACCUGCUGGCUUUCGCCACCGGCCUCAUGAUCCUGCAGCUCUUCUGGAUGAUGUGGUACAUCCUGGUGCGCACCAGGCGCAGGAGCGCGCGGACAGAGAGGGACGUGAACGCCACCACAUGCUGGAUCAGAGGUGGUUUGACUCUUCUUGCAGUCCUCUCUCUGAUCAUGGACGCCCUGAGAAUCGGUUAUUUUGUCGGUUAUCGCUCCUGUGUGUCGGCUGUGCUGGCAGUCUAUCCUGCCUUCCAUGCAAUUCACACCAUAGCUCAGGUGCAUUUUCUUUGGUUUCACAUCAAGGAUGUCAUCAAGAGCUUCGAAACUUUCGAGAGAUUUGGUGUAAUUCAUGCCGUCUUCACUAACCUCCUGCUGUGGUGCAACGGCGUGAUGUCAGAGACCGAGCACUUCAUGAACAAUCAUGUCAAGAGGCUCACAGCAAUGGGAUUCCAAAAUAUCACCACAGACGACUCUGAGCCACAGUGUAACUGCACCACAAGCACAUGCAACAUGUUCUCCGAAAGCCUCUCUUAUCUCUUCCCAUUCAACAUUGAGUUCCACAUCUUUGUCUCUGCUUUGCUUUUUGUCAUGUGGAAGAACAUCGGACGCACCAUUGAUCUGUCCUCAAACAGGAAAAGUCUGGUUACCAAAACUCAGGGUUUGACCUUAGGCCCCAUUCUGGGUCUUCUGUCUCUGGCCAGCACUAUUGGAAUACUGGUGGUCUACAUCACACGUGUCGAGGGCUCCCUUGAACUACGCUACGAAGCCAUUUCUAUGUUCUACAUUUAUGGCAUUGUCACGUUGGUUGUCAUGUGUGUUGCUGGUGCUUCGGGUCUGCUCAUAUAUCGAGCAAACCACAUAGAGUUUGACACCGCCAAGAACCCUUCAAGGCAACUAGACACAGAGCUGCUGUUUGGUUCCUCUGUUGGCUCCUGGUUCAUGUCUUGGUGCAGCAUCGUGUCUGUGUUAAGCACCAACAACAACCCUCCCUACCGCUGGACCAAUCUGAUCUACUCCACCCUGGUCAUUCUGGAGAAGUACCUCCAGAACCUCUUCAUCAUCGAGUCCCUUUAUCGUCAGCAAGAGAACGCCAAGAUGGGCGACCCAGAGAUCCCAGAGAUCUCAGCUGCUCCGGAAGUGUUCUCAGUGGCCUCAUCUUUGGCUCCAGCGUUGGAUGGCAUCGUCAAUCAGGCUUUUGAGAACCCCGGCGGUGCCUGCGCCUCCAUGGAGAAUGAGCAGGAGAAUGGACAGGAGUACGACUGUCAGCGGAAGCAGUCAAACGUGCCACUGCCUGUGCACACUCAGGUCGUGGAACCCUUCAAUAUGAAAAGGCUGCUGUUGAAGAACAUCGCCAUUUUAUUGCUGAUGUGCAACAUUUCGCUGUGGAUCCUCCCUGCCUUUGGGUGCAGGCCGCAGUACGACAACGGUCUGGAACAGGAUACUUUUGGCUUCUCCGCAUGGACCACAGUUCUCAAUUUCGCCAUCCCAUUGAACCUUUUCUAUCGCAUGCACUCAGUAGCCUCCCUGUUCGAGGUGUUCCGCCGGGUCUGA